AGCUUUCAGUUUGACACUCGGCCGCGUGUAAAGCUCACGAACUUUGCGAAAUAUCAGUGAAAAGUGUCGAGCGAGGCGGAGGCGAUACGCGGCGGCAAAAUGGCGGCCACAGUGCGAAACAAAUGACAGCGCGGAUUUUGUGAGCUUGCAAGCUUUAACAAGGACCCGCGAAAUUGCCCGAUUGUUAAAUUUCUACGAGAAUAUUUAGUAGUUUCGAACAACCGAAAAUAAUAAAAAAUACAUUUUUUACUUUCUCAAUUCCCGAAGGGCGCGUACCUAAAGUUAUAUCGUAAGAACAAUUUCAUUAGAUAACUUGAGAAUAAAAUAAUACAUUUUAUCAGCGGCAAACGAACGGCUUCAUUAAGCUUUUAAGAAACGAACUAUUGUAAGUGAUAUCAAACUUAGCGAACUUGGAUCCUUUAACAAUGAACCCGGCACUCGCGGAGGUGCGUUACAAGCUCUCAUUCAGGGAGAUGAUUCUCUCUAUAGGGUGAAACCGUUACUCCAACACCUGAUGAUGUAUGCGCCUCGUAUCAUUGAAGCGUAAAUACUAUACAUAGAAAUUGCUAAAAAUGUUGGGAAAUCUUUGAAACAUUGGACAAUUCUCAAUUACAAGUUACAUGGGAUUACGAAACAAAUGAAUCAAAAAUGCAUUUGCAUUUUGAGAAAAAUAACAACGCUAAGUGUGACUGCAACAUCCUGUCGCUCAGUUGGAUGGGAAAAGUGCCAGACGAGCUUCCUGAGGACGAAGGAUGGAAGCUGAACAGAACAAAUUAUUACCAAGAAGGUUGGCUGGCUACGGGAAACGCGAGGGGACUGGUGGGGGUGACUUUUACCACUUCGCAUUGCAGAACCAGAGCCGCCGAGCUACCUCUUCGAACGAACUAUAACCUCAGGGGUCACAGAAGCGAGGUGAUCAUGGUCAAGUGGAACGAACCCUAUCAGAAAUUGGCGUCUUGUGAUAGCUCGGGGGUGAUUUUCGUGUGGAUAAAGUACGAAGGAAAGUGGAGCAUCGAGCUGAUAAAUGACCGAAGUACACCGGUCACCUAUUUCUCCUGGUCUCACGACGGUCGAAUGGCCCUAAUAUGUUAUCAGGAUGGCUUUGUCUUAGUGGGCAGCGUUGCUGGCCAGAGAUAUUGGUCAUCGAUGCUCAAUGACCAGGCAACCAUCACGUGUGGAAUUUGGACUCCAGACGAUCAGCAGGUCUACUUCGGAACGACGGCGGGUCAGCUGAUAGUGAUGGAUGUUCACGGAGCAAUGGUGUCGGAGGUUCAAUUGGCAGCGGCGGUGACAUCGAUGGCUUGGAGUGCAGAGAAAUUCAAAAUGGAAGAAGGGGACGACGACGUAACCGGUAGCCAGUGUUCGCAAGACGAACGGAGCUACGUGUUGGCGGUUUGUCUCGCCGACGGAAAUAUCAUCCUGCUGCGUUCCUUCGACGACGUUUCACCCGUGACGAUACGAACAGGGUUGAGGUCACCUCUGCUUGCCGAGUGGAGCAAUUCCAAGAAGCUUUUGGCAGUCGCUGGUAUCAAGGAUUCCGACCAUGUUUUUCAACCCAAUCCCCAGGAGUUCACGAAUUUAUUACAGUUCUACUCCGAUACCGGCGUUCUGGUCUACACGACGGCGAUACCGUACACGCAAUGUCCGGUAUCGGCGUUGACCUGGGGUCAUAACGACAGAAGAUUGUUCGUUGCAACAGGAGCGCGAGUCCACGCAGCUUGGGUAUCUAGACGGGUUGGUUCUCUCCAGUUACUCUCAAGGCUUGCUGUCCGCGCUGCUCUCUCCAGAGAAUCCAGCGUGCAGCAGCUACCUUUGCCUCCAAGACUGAGAGCCUUAGUCGCUGCCCUUUUCGCAAGCACCAUAAGAUGCUGCGUACCCGAGCCGAGAGAAUUGCGGCGUUUCGUAUCGCGUCCGCCUCCCGGGGGUGGCCGGCUUCACUGUACGAUGCUUCGGCACGCGGGUGAGCCAGCGCCGUGUUACACACUGUACUUGGAGUAUCUCGGAGGCUUAGUACCACUGCUCAAGGGUAGAAGGACGAGCAAAAUUCGUCCAGAGUUUGUGAUAUUCGAUCCGCAAAGUCAAGAGACGCUACAGACGACAGAUUUUUCCACGCAGUAUCAGGCUUACAGCGACGGCUCUGACACCGAAAGAGACACUGCGGAUUUGUGCGGAUCGCCGAGGAACAGAAGAAAGAACAGAAGGAGGCGGGAGGAAAAACCCGUAGAAGAAACCGACGACCUCGCGUACGUCGACACUCUGCCUGAGCACGCGAGAUUGGUGGAAGUUACGUCAAACAUUUGGGGGACCAAGUUCAAGAUUCACGGACUGACCGACUCCGUUCCCGCUAACUUGGGUCAAGUUACAUAUCGAACGUCUCUCUUGCAUCUGCAGCCAAGACAGAUGACACUGGUCAUGACUGAGUUGAGAGAUGAUGUACCGGCGGGUCCAGACCCGACUUUCAAUCCGAACCUUUUCUCCGAGGAUGAAGAAGAAGUGUUCCAGGAGCCGCAGGGAAGCUCACGCGGUAGUUUGGAGGCCCAACCGCCGCCAAUCGCCCCAAUGACCCCGAGGAAUUCCCGACUGAACGCGAAUCGUCCAAAAUCGCAGAUUUCCAACCAAUUCAUAACGUCGGAAGCUCUUUCGCCGGCGCUCGCGCGGGCCGAGAGUUACGAGGACGAAUUUUCGUACGUCGAUUUGCAGGACAUGGUGAGCUUCUGCGAGAACCUCAGAGCCACGUCUGGUAACACGUACAGAACACCGCCGCGACACAACUCGCCGAGAUGCUGCGACGUCCCGACGUUACAGUCUCCGAAAAACGCGGUAGCGCCGACGCAGACCUUGAUAGCAACCUCAAACCCGAACACGGACUACACGGGUAACAUUCAAAGGGUAAAAACAGCGCUGGCUGACCAACAGACGAACAUGGCGACGAAAAAGGAUAUCGAGAACAACAAAAUGAAUCAAAUAUCAGACGAGAAGUCGAGCCUGACCUCGAACCCCGGUAGCGUCAUCCCCCUCUCGAUCCAGGGUGGAGGUAAUUUGGGCUCGGGUUCUUGCUCACCGAGUACAAUAAUCAACGGCUUAAGCAACCCCGUUAACUGUCCCCCGGGACAGUCAAUAUUCCUGAACGGUUUAAGCGGCAUCGGAGGUUCAAGUGGCGCAGUUCUGCAGGCAGCUUCUAACAUCCAAAAUUCCGGGAUUCAGAUGAGUCAGAUGUCGGUGCAUUCUAAGAACAGUCUGAACUUAGCGGGUAGCGUGAACGGCUCCACUGGGCUCGGUUGCUCGAGCGGAAAUUUGAACGGCAUGCCGACGAAUUCGAAGAGUGCUGGGAGUGCGAAUGGUCGGUGCAACGGGCCGGGUUCACCGACUUGUUCAGGCCAAGUGCAUGUGGCCCAGAGUCAGUGUCCAUUGACAACUAGUCAACCGAACGGCGGCCAGCAGAGUUCCAAGAGAAAAGACGCGAAGCCGCAGGGUUGCUGCGGAAAGUCGAGCCCUGGAGGAAACCAGGUGGGAAUAGCGCCGGGAAAAUCCGAAGAGCUUCGGUAUAUCGACGAGGAGAAUUCCCUCGAGUUGGGCACUGUUCAGUUUCGGACCGUCCAUAGAACUCCGACGGUGGUUAGCAUCGGACCACUUUGUCUCGCUGACCCGAUAGUGAGAAGCUGCAGCGUCGGCUAUCUGGACUUGGUCGACGCACAGUUGGUGCCUUGCGAGGUGGCGCUCAGGAUGCUACGGAAAGAAGCGCCGAACAAGAGACUGGUGCUCGUUUCUCGGAAGACCAAAAAGAGACGGAAGAACAAACCGCAGACCGAGAUCUCACAGCCGAACAGAAAACCUCCGAGGUUGAAAAACUGCGGUAAAUCGCGCAGCUUAGACUCCAGCGACAUAUUUCCGAGUACCGAACAGAUCGCCACAGUGCCUCAGCUGCCCGAACACCUAGAAGAGGCUUCGAACCCCGAAUCUCCGGAAAGCAAACACGUUGAGGCCGUCGCGGAUCUCGUCGAGACCACUCCUCCUACUGAGGCCAAUUCUAAACGCGAAAAGGCGGAUACUGAGCUCCAAGAAACGCCCGAAGUCAUACCUGAAAAGCCCGCCAGAUUAGAGGCUUGUCCGUCUCCGGUCAGAGGGUCCAGUCCAAGUGGCUCGAUCGCUUCUUCGCUGGACGGACUCGCAGCUAGGCUGAGAGAUUUCGACGAGAGUCACUCCCUGCCACCACCGUCUCCACGUCUGACUUCAAGGUUGCCCAGAAGUUCACCUAGCAGCCCAGCACCGUCAAAGAAAGGGAAACGACCGGCGUCCGCUUCCCCAAUCAGACGAAGGCUUUUGUCCAGUCCUCUGCUGAGCAGACGACCCAGAAAAAGUCGGGGGGAAAGUUCAGACGACGAAGGGUUGCCCCAGGAGGAAUCGCCAAGGAAUUAUCGCAACUUGGAGACCUUCCAGAAGGCCCAACUUCGCCAAAAGUUGAAACAGCGAGGCGCCGGAUCCUCGGGGCAUAAAUCAGACAUUUUCAACAAACGAGAGGAACUGCGGAUGCACAACAAGGCUCCGAUGUGGAACGAGUCGAGUCAGGUGUACCAACUCGACUUUGGCGGCAGAGUCACUCAAGAGAGUGCAAAAAAUUUUCAAAUCGAAUUUAGGGGCAAGCAGGUGAUGCAGUUCGGUAGGAUAGACGGUAAAGCCUACACUCUGGACUUCCAAUACCCCUUCAGUGCAUUGCAGGCCUUCGCCGUGGCACUUGCAAAUGUUACACAGCGGCUCAAGUAACCUUCACUCUCCAGUACUUCAUUCGAUAUAUGUACGGAUCCGGUUACGAUUGGCCUCGCAUGAAUUUUCAGUAAAAAAAGUAAAAUUCGACUAACAAUAAGUCACACGCUUCUUUAUUGCUAGAAACUCGAAAAAUUUAUUCGCUGCUCGGAGACCAUGCAUUUUCGUAGUCGCAUUAUUUUUCAAAUAACAUCACAUGAGACUUACAUAUAGAAUAUAUCUAUAGACAAACGUACGCUGUAAAUAAAUAACAUUUUAAAGGAAUGUCGUCAUUUCUAGUCGAUCGUCGUCAUUAUUUAGAUCAAGAUGAUCCACGAGCAGUAUCGGCAAAUUUUUAAAUGCUGAUUGCACAGUGAUAUUAGCAGUGAUUAUUAUUUUCAUGAGUGUAUGGAAAAUGAUUGUUCUUUUCUCUUAAUUUCCUCAACAUAAGACGCAGAAUUUCUUAGCAAUACGUUUUGAACGAAUGGCCGAGUACUGUGUGUUUUUGUUUACGCAUUUGCAAUAGUGUCGAUGUGAAUGUAUAUCUACUUGUUGUAAUUAAAUGUUGCGAGUUUAGAGUAUUGUUUAACAAAUAUUUGCUGUUUACAGGUCUGUGCGAAAUUUGGAAUACGAGUAUUAAUAUAAAUAAUAAUAACAACUCUACUAAAGUUCGAUCGUAGCGCAAUUAUUUGUUUUUAUAUUUUGUUCUGUUUUUUAAUUUAAGAGGAUAAUAACUAUAUCGAUAGGUCCGCGUCGGCUACCGGUGCAAAAUAUCGCAGUUCAACGGAAAAAACGAUCAUUACUACUGAAAGUAUAAUUCAUUGACCUUAGUAACAAAAAUAGGCUGUAUUGAGAAAUAAACGUUAUCUGUCGUGUAACUGAAAUGUUAGAACCGUAUUUCAACGAAACGUAUGAAACGUAUGGAAAUAGACAAAAUCGGAUGACAGGCUAGUUCUAGGCAUCGGUUAGUUAAAAUAAGUGACUCUUAAAUUGUUGAACCCCGUUAUUUUCUACGCGAAGAAUAUUUCUCGCUAAACAAGUAGACGAGAGAAGUGAGAGGUUGUGCGAAAAAUUACAAAAUACUAAUAUCAAGCUUUAUUCCCCUUGUCCCUUGUAAUUUUUUUAGAAUACCGUGUUUUCAAGCAUGAGGUGAUAAUCCGACAUUUAGAAAACGUAUUUUGUUGCAAACUCCGAGACAAACUUCGCGUAAUUUUCUCAUUCUUAGUAUUGCUUUGCGUGGAUUUUCACCUAUGUUUUGUAGAAUUUUGUACCAUCAUAUCAUAAUAACAGAAGUGAUGUAUAAAAAUUGAAAGCAAGCUGCAGCAGUAGAUUUCUUUAUGCUAUAUGAGUAUUGCUUUAAUCGUACCGUCCAGAACGUUUAUCUAUCAUUUCUUCAUCAUUAUUUUAACUACGAUGUAACCGCCGGGAAAUUUGGCCUCGUUAGUGUCACUGGUUCUGUAUUUAAAAUUAAAGAAA